AUGUAUUUGUCAAUGUUGCAUCAUGUGAGGUUUUACUUGCCAGAAAUGUAUCCAAAGUUGCGUAGAAUUCUCUUCUUGGAUGAUGAUAUUGUUGUUCAGAGGGAUUUAACUGGGCUGUGGGAUAUAGAUAUGGAUGGGAAAGUGAAUGAUGCAGUAGAGCCAUGUUUCGGGUCGUUUCAUCAUUAUGUGCAGUAUAUGAAUUUCUCUCAUCCUUCGAUUAAGGAGAGUUUUAGUCCAGAGGCUUGUGCACGGGCUUAUGGGAUGAAUUUCUUUGACCUUGAUGCUUGGAGGAAGGAGAAGUGUACUGAACACAGUACCACUGCUGGCAGACUCUGGUAA